AUGGCGAUGCCUGGUCAGCACAUGACGGGCAGCGCUCCUUCCAACAUCUCGGCUGGCGUAGAUCCCGCUUUCUGGGGUGGUGGCCACCAGGACUUCCACUCGCAAUCGGACUCCACAUCGCCAUUGUCGCCCUCGCUAGGGCUCCAUCUGUCGCCGACAGCAAGCAUUACCACCCAGAGCAGCAUCAAUGGAAGUACCCCGCCGGCGCAAACUCCCCAAUCCGACAGCGGCAGCAAAGGAACGGGCGGGAAGACCAGUCAGAAGCAGUCGCCUAACGACCAAACCAGAGCAUCGGUCGCUGUCGCAUGCGUCCCAUGUCGCAGCAGACAUUUGAAAUGCGACGGUGGUGUACGAUGUUCCCGAUGUAGGACCGACAAUGUGGAAUGCACCUACAUCAAGUCGCGAAGAGGCUGGAAAGGAAAGCGAAAAACCAAGGAAGAUAGCGCGACAACGACGACGACGACAACAACGACUCCAAAUGGUGAAGUUCCAGUGACCAGUGGCCACAUCUCCUCACCAGAGUAUUCCUACAAUGGCGAUGCUGGCUUGAACCAGCUCAGCCCAACUCAUGGCCUUGGCGUCCGACCUGUGGCCCCACCAGUUGCUCAACUCAACCUAAAUGGAACCGCACGUCUGAACCGCUUUGGCCAUUUGGGGCCAGAGACUGCUAUUCAGGCAUUCUACCACUUCUUCUACAACUCACAUCCCUUUUGUCUCCCGGAGCCCAGGUUGGUGGAAAUCUUCAAGGAACGCCAUGCCCCACUUUUGGAAUACGCUGUCCAGUUCAUCGGGUCCAGUUUCAUACCAUCCGUGCCCACAGCCAUGUAUAAAGAAGCUUUGGAUCAGCAGAUCGACAGCAACAACUACCCGAGAGACGCGUGGUCGGUACAAGCACUACUGCUCUUUGCCAUUGGUCUCCACGCUCACAACGAGGUCCCACGCUCAGCACAAAUCUUCAGCAUCGCUCAAAAUCUGACGCUGGAGAUUGGCCUCAACCGGAUGGAGUUUGCGCUUGUGCAUGGAGAAAACGACCCUCAGUUGGAAGAGAGCUGGCGGAGAACAUGGUGGUCCAUGUUCACAGCCAACGGCAUGAUGACAGCAGUCAAUCCAGGUGUGCAGUUCAGACUGAAAGACGUAGUCACCGACGUCCCGUUGCCAUGCGAGCAAGACCAGUAUCUCUCAGGUAUGAGAUCGUCUGACUUGCAUGUCACACUUGAUAGAGUUAUGACUUGCAUGUCAAACCUUAUCUACCCCGCGGAGUGCAUAGUUGACCCCAAGGAGAGAAAGAAAGAAAAGAAACAAGAGAAGACUAACACGUACGCGCAGCAAAUCCCUUAUCCCCCAACCCUCCAAGACUAUGACGACUCGUCUUUUCUCGCCCACGCCUUCACCUUCUCCUCCUUCACCUACCUGAUAGACGCCAUCCGCAUCCUGGGCAAAGUCUUCGAAACAGCUCGUCUCGACAGCACCUUUGAGUACCACGCCGUCGACGUCGUAGAUCAAUACCUUUGUAACUGGCGUCUCCACCUACCCGCUUCGAAAAUGGAGCUCGUUUCAAACGACGGCCACAUCGACGAGGUCCUCUUCCAAGCGCACAUGGUAAAUGCCGGCAGCACAAUCAUGCUGCAUCGGCCGCGCAGCAAUCUGGGCUUUGGACGCGUCGAAGGCGUGAAUAUAUGUGUGCAGCCAGGCCAAGUCUUGCUGCCGACGCAGACGAGAGAGAUUCACACGGCAAAGUGCCUGACGUCUGCGGAGAACAUCUCGGCCUUGAUUCGUCUGCCCGGAAACUUGAUAAAGCAUACCCCCCUUUUCACCUGCGUCGUGGUAAUGGCGAGCGUCGUCCAUCUUUCUUACUGGUCCUUUCUCGUUCCAGACGGCCAGGACGACAUCAUUAAACAAUCGAUACGCCUCGAUGUCGGCACGCUGCAACAGUAUAGCAAUACGUGGCCGAUUGCUAAUGUGGUGCUCGGACAGGUGAGGGGCGUGGCGCAUACGUUAUUCAACAGCAAAAAGGCCAUGUCAAUACAUUUGUGGAGUAAUUUGCACCAAGGGGAUGUCAUCAGAGGGGUCAUCGAGGAAGGACGCGAGGUCCCGACGCAGCAGUAUGCGCAGUUGAUUGCGCCGUGA